AUGUCAUUGACAAAGCUGUAUCUUCACCGAAUUCUUUCUCGCUCUCGUUCUCGUCCGUCCUUAUCUCUAUUGACACGCAAAGUCUCUACUGAACCUGACAGUACUGGUGUCCUGGCUGUAUCAUUUGAGGACAUCAGUACCGCCUCGUAUCGUAUUCGUGAUGGAAUUCAACAGACUUUAUGUGAAUACUCGCCAUUACUGUCACAACAUAUGGGUAUCAAUCUAUAUCUAAAGCAAGACCAUCGACAAAUGACUGGCAGCUUCAAAGAACGUGGCGCUCGCAACGCGUUGCUACAGCUGACAACAGAAGAAAAAAAGAAUGGCGUCGUAGCUGCUUCUGCUGGCAAUCAUGCACAAGCUUUGGCUUAUCACGGCAAGUUGUUGGGAAUUCAUGUGACAGUUGUCAUGCCCAAGGUAGCACCUUUGACCAAGAUCAUGCGCUGCCGUGAACUUGGUGCACAUGUUGUGCUACACGGUGAACACAUUCUAGAAGCUCGUGAAAAGGCUGAGGAUUUUGUGUGCAAUGAGAAUAUGGCGUACAUUAACGGAUUUGACCGUCCAGAGAUCAUUGCGGGUGCUGGUACCAUGGGUAUUGAGAUCCUGAACCAGGUGCCAGACGUUGAUGCAAUUAUUGUGCCUGUUGGUGGUGGUGGCUUGAUUGCCGGCCUCUCUCUUGCUGUCAAGACCCUUGCACCGAACGUUCAAGUGAUCGGUGUGGAGCCAGAGUACUGCUCAAGUUUUGGAGAAGCUCUCAAGGCUGGAAAACCUGUCCAUAUGCCAACAAAGCCGACCCUUGCGGACGGCCUUGCGGUUCCUUGCGUUGGUGCCAAUGCUUUCGAGAUCGCCCGAGCCUACGUUGACAAGGUGGUGACUGUCUCGGAGCGUUCGAUCGCCCUGAGUGUGUUGCGUCUCGUUGAGAUGGAAAAGGUUGUUGUGGAGGGCGGAGGUGCGUCCUCGUUAGCAGCUUUGAUCGACGACAAACUGCCGGAGCUCAAGGGCAAGCGUGUUGUGUUACCGCUCACGGGUGGAAACAUUGACACACCUGUUCUUGGUCGCGUUAUUGACCGUGGUUUGGCUGCUGAUGGUCGUCUUGUCCGCUUUGUGGCUACCGUAAGCGACCGCCCAGGUGGCAUCGCUCAGCUGACCUGUUUCCUGCGUGACUUCGGUGUAAGUGUCAAGGAUAUCUAUCACGAACGCGCUUGGGUGCAUGCUAGCAUCUCUCAUGUGGCAGUGAAGUGCGUUGUUGAGACGCAGUCGAGCGAACAUGCUCUUGAGCUAAAGCAAUGCCUUCAGGAUAAGGGCUACCCUCUUGUCUGGGAGACUUUUGCCGGCCACCAGGGGGCCCCUGUGGAGUUCUGA